AUGCGGAGCGUGUGGGGCAUGCUCGUCGAGGUGGAGCCGCGGGACCACCUCGGCUACUCUAACGACUACCGGCCCGACGUCUCGGUGGCGGGCGCCGGCCGCUCGCGCUCGCGCCUCGUCGGCGACGUCAAGUUCAAGGACUCGCUCUCCUCCAACCCGGAGGACCAGCGCGGCGCCGUCGGGGACGGCGACUUCAGGCCGAGCGACGGCGGCGGCUAUGUGGCGUACAAGAAGGCGGACUACGCGCACGCCCUCUCGCGCUCGGACACCGACGUGCAGAUGUACCUGUUUGAAACCUUCGGCGGGUGGUGCAACGCGGUCAAACGGCUGUUCUACCAGAUGAAGGACAAGGUGCGCAACAAGCUCUCGAAGCGGCAGCACGAGGACGAGGCGAGCUGGUCGACGCGGUCGUGGCUUUCGCUGCAGGCCCAGCGCAUGUCAGUCGCGCUGCAGCUCGCGGCGGCGGAAGAGAUUGCGACCGAGCUCAGGCUCGCCGCGGCGUCGGAGGACGCCGCCGUCGCCUAG